AUGGUUGAACCCAAUUCCAUUAAGGAAGCAUUGCAGCAUGCUGACUGGAUUACAACCAUGCAAGAAGAACUGGCUGAUUUUGACCGAAAUGAAGUUUGGACUCUCGUACCUCGUCCUCAAAAUCAUCACAUUGUCGGUACUAGAUGGGUAUUUUGCAACAAGCUAGAUGAAGUAGGAAUUAUCAUUCGAAAUAAGGCAAGACUAGUGGCUAAAGGAUUCACCCAGAUCGAAGGGCUUGACUACGAUGAAACUUUUGCUCAUGUUGCACGUCUUGAAGCCAUUAGAAUCUUUCUUGCUUAUGCAGCUCACAAAGGCUUCAAAUUUACCGAAUGGAUGUUAAGAGUGCUUUUCUUAACGGUGAACUUGACACUGAAGUGUAUCUUCAACAGCCCCCCGGAUUUAUCAAUCUCUCAUUUCCGAACUACUGCUACAAACUCCGGAAGGCUGUCUACGGACUCAAGCAAGCUCCUCAGUUCAUUCUGA